GGAUGGAAGGUAGGAGGUAACAGCUGGCGUAAGUUUAUAAAAGUAAAGAUAACAUAACCUCAAUCUUUCUCUUAUUAAAGUUGUUUGUUGUAGGUGGUGCAAUCUAAAAGGUAUAGGUUAUAAUUUGGGUUGACAGUACAGUACUUGAGAACUUAAGUUACACCAAACUUAUCUUAACCUUGAGACAUAUUAAUCUAGUAAAGCUAGAUAACAAGUUUAUAGGGAAGUGAUAACAAUCCUCAAAGGAAAAAACUCAUCAAUGAUGGUGAAUAUUCCAGAGUCAGUGAGCAAGGUUUGCGUGCAUACUGGCAACAUUUUAAAUUUAAAUGAGGUGAAGAAGAAUGCUGGACAAAACUCAUCAGAAGAGUUGGUUGAGAGUUUGAAAAUUGCUUUAAAAGAUUGGAAGCCUCCAAGUGAUGUCAUUGGCCCCGAUCUAGAAGUUAAGAUCAAUGAUGAAACAGUCAAAGUCUCAAAUCCACCUGGCGUUGACAGUAAGGAGCUUCGAACAAGUGUAAAAGUGUUUAUUACCAGUGACAAACAGGAAGCACUUCAAGAAGCAAUAGACAAGUUGUUUCAGUCAUUGGAGACAGAGAACAUAGACUCUGUGGUUCUGGCUUACGCCAACACAUCGGGCAACGCGAGUACUCGCCUUUCAGAGAUCCAACAUUUGUGGAAGGUCCUGGAGACAAACGUACAGAGUGGACGUGUCAGUCGUAUCGGCCUCAGUGAUGUGGACACUGACUUGUUUGUCACUCUUUACAACUCUGCCGAGACCAAGCCAAGCAUCGUACAGAUAAACCUAGCCAGUUGUUGUGUCGUACCACCAGCACUUCAAGAAUUUUGCAAGGAGAAUGAUAUCCAGCUUCUAACACACAACGACCCGUUAGAUCUUUUACCAGUUGAAGCCAUGGAGGCAAUGUUUGCAGACAAGAAUCGUCCAAGAAUGGAUUGGGCCGUCAGAUUCCUCGUCCAUAUCAAGUGUAGAGGAGUGUUAGCAUUUAAAGGAUACAUUGCCUCCAUUUGUCUCGGCAACGGCUAAGCCCAGAAUCAAACAUACUUAAUUGAAUGACUGUAUAGAAUUUUAAGAAACCAAUUGAUGCUUGCAUUAACCUUAUUUUGUCUCACCAGGAGAUAAAUAGUUUUUUACACUAAUCACGGACAGGGUAAUAUCUUAUACUUAUACAAUGGUGUUUGUUGUUGACAAUGUAUUCGUACUUGUAGGAUUUAUCACCACAAAAGAUCACAUUAUUUUUGUCCAAAAUAGGCUAAGUUGACAGUCUAUUUGGAGACUUAAUUAACUAAGAGUAAUCAUAAUCAAGGCCAAGAAUAAUUUAUUCAUUUACUUCUACUUAGUCUCAUGAAAAAUCUGGAUGAUUAAUUUUCACUGAUUUAGACAAAGCGUACGCAAUAUUAAAUUUAGGCCUAAAUUAACAAGUUCUAGAGGAGGGUUUGUAACAGAGAUUUGUAAAUGUUUAUAAAAUUUAAAAUACUUAUAGCUUGGACAAUGUGGUUCUAACCUUUACUUUAUACAACAAGGACCUACCAAUGAUUUCAAGUUUCACCUAACAAGCACUACAAGUUUUCAUUUAAAAAAAAAACAACACAAUUUUAAAUAUUGAUUAUUCUAAUUCAAAUCGGGUAGGUUUUUACAUUCCAAUGUGUUACAUUUGAAAAAUCCUAUUCAACACAUAUUUUAAACUAAUCGAAGAGCCUUACUACUCAAUAUGUUUAUAUACAUUUAUAAAGUUUAUUUUAUGUUUUAAA